GCUCCUCGGCGGCGGGCGGGCGGUCACGGCGGACACGCAGCCGGCGGGGGCGGGGAGCGCGGCCCCAGCGGCCGGCAUGAAGCGCCGGCGGCCCGCGGCGGGCACCGAAGCGGCGGUGCUGAGGGAGCCGCAGGGCGAGUAGCGCUGCCGCGGCCCGGCCACACACCUCCGGGUCCGCCGCCUCCUCCAGGUCCAUGAGCCGCCGCCGGCCGGGACUGCUGCCACCGCCGGGCCCAGCUCCCCCAGCCCCGCCGCCCUGCCGGAGGACGGUCCCGCGCCCUCCGCUGUGAAGAGAAUGGCCGUGACUCUAGAGCAGGCCCAGCGGGUGGGCUGCGUCUGCCUGAAAGCACUCCUCAGGUUCGCUUUUAUGGUCGCCAAUAACCUGGUUGCUAUUCCGUCCUACGUCUUGUAUUUAAUUAUGCUGCAGCCUCUCCGAGUGUUGGAUAGUCAAAGCUUCUGGUAUAUCGAAGGAGUAUUAUUUAAGUGGCUUUUAGCUAUGGUGGCUUCCUGGGGCUGGUGGGCAGGAUAUACAGUAGUGGAAUGGGGUGAUGAUGUUAAUGCAGUAUCAGAAGAUGAAGCCAUGGUGCUGGUGAACCAUCAAGCAACGGGUGACGUCUGCACUCUGAUGAUGUGCCUUCAGGAUAAAGGCAUGGUUGUCCGUCAGAUGAUGUGGCUGAUGGAUCAUAUUUUUAAGUAUACAAACUUUGGCAUCGUGUCUCUAAUCCACGGAGACUUCUUUAUAAGACAGGGAAGAGCACACCGUGACCAGCAGCUUGUGUUACUCAAGGAGCAUCUAGAAAGAUAUUACAGGAGCCGCAAUCGGAAAUGGAUUGUUUUAUUUCCAGAGGGUGGCUUUCUUAGGAAAAGGAGAGAAACAAGCCAGGCAUUUGCCAAGAAAAAUAAUUUGCCAUUUCUUAAACAUGUUACCCUGCCAAGACUUGGGGCAACACAAGUAAUCCUGCAAACACUUGUAGCGCCACAAGAAAACGGAACUCCAGCAGGUGGAGAUGCUGUGAUAAGAGAGAGCAAAUCAAAAGGCCUCCAGUGGGUGAUAGAUGCAACCAUUGCCUAUCCCAAAGGUGAACCUCUAGACAUCCAAACUUGGAUUCUUGGCUACCGACAACCAACGGUGACACAUGUACAUUACAGGAUUUUCCCAGUUAAAGAUGUACCUGCAGAGCCUGAAGCUCUUACACACUGGCUUUAUCAACGAUUCAUUGAAAAGGAGGAUCUCUUGACACAUUUCUAUGAAACAGGAGCUUUUCCUCCACCGCAGGGUCAAACAAAAGCUAUUUCUCGGGAGAUGACCCUCAGUAACCUGUGGCUAGUGGGCGUACAGUCGUUUGCGUUCCUGUCGGGUGGUAUGUGGUACUGCAUCUUUCAGUAUUUUUAUCAUUGCCUCUUUUAAAAGUGGAAUGGGACCUGAGGACACAAUGGGAAUCCAGGCUCUUGCAAAUGAGUAUCAUGUUGUAUGUGCAAAUGUGAAUAUUCAAGAGUAAAGGAAAAUACUGGACGGACUCUUACCUCUCUGCGGGGAAAUGUUGAACUCUGCUGAAAGUGAAGAUCAGUAACAUAGUGACCUGAUGACGUAUUAUUUUAAGAAUUGUCUGUAUUUUUAAAAAUGUAUAUUCUCACCCACACUUAAGCAAAUUCAGCAUUUGGACAAAAGGUGCAAUCGUACAACCACCGUAGAAGAAUGUCUGUGACAAGAAAGCUCUGUCACCGCAAGUACUUCUUGGCAUUGUAGUUAGAGCUCAGAAAACUCAGCAACUUGUCUCUUCAGUAGCCUGUACAGCAUUGGUGUGGUAGAGAUUCCUCAUUUGCACAACUUGUACUUUAUUGCAACUCAUUGUGCUGGAGUCAAAGAUACUGGACAGAGCUGGUGGCGGUAUCUUUGCAGCUACGCAGUCAGCAGGUGUUGUAUUAGACACAUUGAUCUAAACCCAAGUUCCAAAUAAGAUCCAGCAUCAGGUGUGUUUUGUGAGGAAUCAGUCCUCAAAAAAAGCAUUGCAGCGUCGUAGUGUGAUUCAGAGCUCUCCACGUUUGAUGGAUCAGCCCAUCCUUGCUGUGGUUGUGCCGUCAGCUUUCCGAAUUCCAUGUGUUGCCAGUAUCUCGUGUUCUGAGGAGACUUGGAAAAUAGAAAGUUCGCUUGGUUAAUUUUCCCCUUUUGUUCAGAAUGCAUCUCAGCCAUCAGUAUCAGCUUUGAAAAUGCGCUUUUAAAGGUGAAAAGACAGUGAAGGAAAGACAUAAAGCUUAGGGAAUAGAGGGAAGCUUUAUUGGUCCGGCAUCAGAAGCUGUUUCUGAAGGUCUGCUGGUGCUGCUGGUGAUUUUGAGCCACCUUUGUAUUUUGUAUACUGCAGUCCAACCAAGGUGACCUUUGAGUGCUUCAUUGAGGCCUUUUUCUCCCCGCUAGUUGCAACACCACUAAAUGUACUUGUGGGAGAGUUGAAAUAAUUCAAUGCCAACCAUCUUAAUGUUUUGCUAAGGAGUCAGAGAAGAAAAACUAGUUUCUUAAAAAGAAAAAAUAGGUGUAAUUUCUGUCAUAAAUCUAUAGGAGGAUACUGCUGCAAAAAAGGAUGGUAACUACUCUGAAUAAUUACAUGGAGGGCAGUAUUAGUUAGCUCACCACUGUGCUAAAACCAUACUGGAAGAAGGAUGAGUUGACUUGAAGGGCAAACUGGAACAGGAGAUGCUUUCAGAUAUGUAGGAUGUCUAUGACAUACGGUCUUACUCCUGGCAGGUCUAGUUGGCAUUGUGUUUGUGUGAUUAUACGCAGAUUUGCGAGAGCUGUUCCUAAAAUAAAACUAAUCUCUAAAUACAAGCAGGAUAGCCAGAACUUCAGAUGUUGGCAUACUGCCUUUUACACAGUAAUUUUACUGAGAACAAAGUAAGCUCUCAGUAGUUUUGGCUCUGAGUUAGCAAUAUUGAUCCCCCUUCUCCCUCCCUCUCCUGCUACGUGAAUCACAGCGGGUGGUGUGCAGAAUACAAAGCCUGGCCAAUGUUCGCUUUGGCGGGGAGCUAAGAGCAUCCCAAAAUACCAGGCAAUGCCUAUUUCUCUGACUUAAUGGAAAAACACCCGGUCAGUUGUGGCACCCCUGUGCCCCCUGAGGUGGCUCAGUGGGGAUGGUUGCAAAAUUGUGCCCCUAAACUGUGUGUGAGUCCCCUCAUUGACUUAACCCCUGCAGCUGGGAGGUAAAGAACCUCCAGCUUCAUGUUUUGGUAGGGUCCUGUUUCUCUAUCCCACCUCUUUACACCCAGUCACACACCUGAACUCUGGUGUAAUGGGAAAUCCACUUUAAAAGAGGUAUGCCCCGAAAGGAAGUGGGAGCGUGGUUUUGUUUGGUGGGUUUUUUCUCUGUUGCUCUUGCUAAAGUCCAGCUGAUGGAAUGAAUGUAUUUAAUCUGCCCUUUUGCAGAAGGGCGCUGUUGAAGCGGUUACGUCUGCUGUGCAUGGUGUAAACAGGCUCUGGAAAGUGCAGAAUGCAGAUGGCAAGCUCUUUACUCCUGCCCUUCACCAGGUGGCUUGAUCACAACCACGGAGAUGCCCACAGUACAGCUGGGUUUAUUUUGAGCUAGGACAGACUGGAGUGAUACAUAAAAAGGGAAGUUUAUCUAAGCAGAUUGCACAGCAGUAGCUCACAUCAGGAGAUUGUUCUUUAUAGACCCUGUGACCUCCAUGUAAGAGCAUAUUGUUUUUUCAAAUGCAGUAUUUCUUUUGUUCCAGUGGAUUGCAGUCAAUAGUGAGUGUUCACAUGCUGCCUAAAGAAAUUAGUAAUGCGCAAUAAUGAUAAUCAUUUGAUUUAUCUGGUCCUGUUCAUUUUCAGUUUGUUCCUCUGUAGUGCUUACUAUUGCGAGACGUUUGUUUCCAAGCACUGAUUGUUGUUUCAAUAGGGUGAGUAGAUAGUAUUAGGUCUUAGGCUUCUUUCCUGCCUGCACUGGCAAACGUGAAGAGCCUGGCAUCGUGUCUCCUUACAGCUGAGUUGCUGUGGAUGACAGUGGAAUUAAACCACUGUUAAGAAACUCCGAAGUACCCUCCCAGCAUGAACUUGGAUGCUGCUCCAUCAAAGAGGAUAAACUGGAUAUAAGAAGUUUUUCUCUUCAGGGGAAAAGUGGAUCCAGUGCAUAGGAAAUACUGUGCUAAAAAUACUGUGCUGGUCAAGCCAGUUUGGAGCUCCGCAGGCUGGUUUGAGGAACAUGAAUUCCUGUCGGUUGCAGUUCGGUUCUUCCUUCUGGUGUUACAGGUGGGGGGAUUGCCAUGCCAUCCAUAGAAAAUGAUGUUAAUGAACCAUACAGUUGAUCACAAAAUGGUUAAUUAAUAUAUCUUUGGAUUUCUAUUGGGGGAAAUGGAAGAAUGUAUGAAGUGCUAAAGAAUGAAAAAUUCACAGACAAAACGCUGUUGCGCACACAAGCGCGAGCGUAGCGUUUAAGUGUGUUGUGAAUAAAGAUGGUUCUCUGCCAGGGUUGCACACGAAAUAUCUCUAACGUUUUGUGUUGAAUUGUUCGUAAACAAGUUGUUACCAUUGAAAUGGUACAAGUCCUCAUGGUUUAAUGUUGCUGCUCCUCAAGUCCCAUUACAGGAAGAGGAUCUGCCCCUUUGCACGGAGCGGUGUUUUCUUCAGCACUCAUUGGCAAGUGCGUGUCCCUUACAGCUGCUCUUGUCUGCCCUGGACAGUUCUGUUGAGUGUUGCAGCAGUGAUGUCUCUUGCAGGAGAGAUUGAUUUCUUAAGUUGCUCUCACCAGAUUGUGAAAAGCAAGAUUUCAGUGUCAGUUGCUUACUGGGGAAUUAAAAGCUUUCUUCUCCACCUCCAGCAUCACAACUCAGAUGCAUCUUACAGCAGUAAAACUCCAACGAUCACUGUGGUACUGUCCAUUAGUCACUUGAUUUGCAAACGAUGUCACUUCUUUUUGUCUGACACUGCCAUAAAGUGCUGUUCACGUUUCUCACCUCUUUGUACGAGGUAACGUGGAUACCGAUCACUGUGUGUGACAGGAUUCAACUGCUCCCCUUUGCCUUGACGUAACAUUUUGGGACCAAAGGUACUUCAAACUGGGAUUUCCAAAUCAUGAGUCCACGGUUGGGUGCAUUCUCUUGACAGCCAGCUGGGGAUUUUGUGGUGAUCUGGUACAAUCAGUCAAAAUAAUUCUACACCUGGGGUACUGUAUUGUUUGGAAAUAAUGGAGCCAUAAGAAAUAAAGGGUUAUUUUGCAAAAUUGCAUAUUUGAUAGUUUUUACACUGUUUUUUAAACAAAGCAACCAUUGGGAGAGUAGAAUUGAAACCACACUCUGGUUUAAAACGUCUGCAUAGGUUACCAGCACCUCUGAGCAGCUUGGGUUCGCCUGUACAACCUGUAGACUACCUGGCUGUGGUGUGGAAGAAGUCUUUAAAAGGAUUCUAUGCAUUUUAAGGUUAAAGCUUUUAUUUUACCAUUGGAUGAUUAUUCAGUGAACAACUGUCCUAUUAAAGUGAGUUAGUUCCUUCAAAUUACAAUGGUGUUCAUUUUGUAUGAUAAAAACGAGUUUUCUUGGUACCAGUUGUUUUUGCCUCCGAUUUUCUCCUUCCCUCCUGCGUUACCUGCGGUUUUGGUUUGUGUGAUUAAAUGGAUGCAGGAGCCUGUAGUGACUCCAGUGGUUUUGCAAAGGGCUGCUCCUGUUUGGUGUUAUUUCAUGGAAUUUGUUUCAUUGGACUUUUUCUUAAUCAAACCUCUCCAUGAGCCAAGAUGUCUCUCAGAAAUGUAGACAGAUACCAGAAGCAGCGUUUCUCUAAGAGAAAUCAGGUGUCUCUUCCCAUUAUAAUUUUGUGUGUGGCAAACAUAGAGUUGAUAUUUCCCCCCUCCCCCAAGAUUAUUUCAUGUGCUUUUCUCUAUUGUGCUGACCAUAAACACAACAGAUAGUAAAAGAACACUUUGGUUCACUAUCCAGCUGUAGCGUUGCUUUGCGAUGGAGAACGUUGCUUGGUGGAGCAUUCGUGAGGAGGGACGUGGAGACAAAUGUUCCUGUGCCAGGAGUGGUAAGGGGAGGAGCGGAGCAGUAGGGAGCUGGGAGGGGAAGGAAGCUUCUGCAGCACCCCUUGCUCCAGCAUGCAUUGGAAACUGCAGUUUCUCCACAGGCCACUGCGUAGGAAUGCAUCCUCCUAAAGCUCCCGAGAGCUGAGGCCAUGGCAGGAGUGGAACCUGGGUUGCCCCCAUCCCAGAGAGACGUGAAACCAACCUUUUAGUGUCAUCCUUUUGUAGAUACUUGCACUUUUUAACAGCGUGGUGUGUUUUUAAACAACUCCAGCUAGGCAGAGCAGUACGGAGUGGCACAGCUCCCUUCGCUCCAUGGCCCUGGCAUCCCUCUGCUAGCGCCAGCUCUUCGCUCCGUGUCGCCUUCUGUGUCAACUGCUGCUGUGUAAUACCGCAACACAGAACAAAAGGAACUCCAUGGAGCCUGAGAGACAUCCAGCACAACUUCCACGACAGCACCAUGGUUGUAGUUACGUCUACCUCUUUGUUUCCCUCCUGUUUUUCCAUGUGUGGUGUUUUGCUGUGAGGGGUGGGAGGAAUUGAGGGAGCGGGAGGGAGAAACUGGGAGGGAAAACUUGCUGUCGGCAUAUUGGGACAGUGGUGGGGGAUCCAGUGUGUUGUCACCAGCCAUGUUGUCACACUGAGGAAGCCAUUGUUUUUAACUCCUGCCUAGUAUGGAAUGGCUGUUUUAAAGAAAAAAAUCCUUCCUGCUGGAAAGAAACCUGUAUUUUUAACAAGCAAACCCAUCCCUCUCCUGUCAGCAGCGCGAGUCGUGACCAUAUCAUGACAUGCUGAUCACACAGUAAUAAAUGUUUAUCUCUCAGGA